GUUCCGGGGCGGGGGGGGGGUUGUAAAGAGCGCGCGCCUCGCAUCUUUUGUGUUGUUGGGCAACUCCUCGCCCCUCGGCGGAGCCGCGCGGGGGGGAGAGGCUCGUUGUGCGCGCGCCCGGCUCCCCCCCCAGCCAGGCGGGGGACAAUGUCUCAGCCCCGAGGCAAGAAGAGAAACCCUGGGCUGAAAAUUCCUAAAGAAGCAUUUGAGCAACCACAGACCAGCUCCACGCCACCCAGAGAUCUGGACUCCAAAGCCUGCAUCUCUAUUGGUGAGGAGAACUUUGAGGUGAAGGCCGAUGACCUGGAGCCCAUCUCGGAGCUGGGCCGCGGCGCCUACGGGGUGGUGGAGAAGAUGAGGCACGUGCCCAGCGGGCAGAUCAUGGCAGUGAAGAGGAUCCGAGCCACAGUGAACAGCCAGGAGCAGAAGAGGCUGCUGAUGGACCUGGACAUCUCCAUGAGGACAGUGGAUUGUCCCUUCACUGUCACCUUCUACGGGGCACUGUUCCGAGAGGGAGAUGUGUGGAUUUGCAUGGAGCUGAUGGAUACCUCACUGGACAAAUUCUACAAACAUGUCAUUGACAAAGGCCUGACGAUUCCUGAGGACAUCCUGGGGAAAAUUGCAGUCUCUAUUGUGAAAGCACUAGAACAUCUGCACAGUAAGCUCUCCGUGAUCCACAGAGAUGUAAAGCCCUCUAACGUGUUGAUCAAUACGCAGGGGCAGGUGAAAAUGUGCGAUUUUGGGAUUAGCGGUUACCUCGUCGACUCUGUUGCUAAAACCAUGGAUGCAGGAUGCAAACCCUACAUGGCUCCCGAGAGAAUUAACCCGGAGCUGAACCAGAAGGGAUACAGCGUCAAAUCCGACAUCUGGAGCCUGGGCAUCACCAUGAUCGAGCUGGCCAUCCUACGCUUUCCCUACGACUCCUGGGGCACGCCCUUCCAGCAGCUCAAGCAGGUGGUGGAGGAGCCGUCGCCGCAGCUCCCGGCGGAGAAAUUCUCAGCGGAGUUCGUGGAUUUUACCUCGCAAUGCUUGAAGAAGAAUUCCAAAGAACGACCAACAUACCCAGAGCUUAUGCAACAUCCUUUCUUCACCCUGCACGAAUCCAAAGAGACAGACGUCGCCUCUUUUGUCAAGCUCAUCCUGGGAGACUGAGAACUGGACUUGGGAAAGAAUUGCCCUUGUGUGGACUGGUGGGUGCAGGGGAGGGGCCGUGGCAGGGCUUGUCAUGGAAGCACCAACAGAAAGUCGCCGUGGUUUUUGUUUUGUUUUGUUUUGUUUUUAUUCUGAGAAACCCCCGCCUCGCCCGAGUUUUUUUAAAGGGUUCUUUGGUAUCCAUAGUGACAUAGAAUGAGCUGGUUAGUGAAAUGAAUUUUAAUAAGGUUGGUAACCUUAAAAACAAAAACAAAACAACAAAAAAAAAAUCAUUUUUGAAAGAGUGAUUUACAUAUUUAAUGACAGUCGAAUUUCCUCUUCCUAACUUGCUCCUCAUCCCCCUUCCCUUCCCCCUGAACCAGAAUUUGCUUUGUCAUGGUAAUAGGUGCUAUGGUAGUCAUGAAGUUGUAUGUAGAUUUAUAUUUUGUCCCUUCCAUUAUUUUAAUAUUUAUGUUAAGUGCUUGAUGGAAUAGAUUUCUGUUUUAUAUGAG